AUGGAGCAAAUGAGUCAGAUUAUUACAAACUUGCUGUCUUCGGAUAACGAUGUAAUCAAGAAGGCCACAGCCGAUUUGCAGGAGGCCUACAAGCAUCCCGAGACUAUUCCUGCUCUAUGUGAGAUCGCUGUAUCUGCACCAGAACCGCAGGUGCGUCAAUACUCUGCCGUAUUACUUAAGAAGCACUUAGCUAAGCUACGUCAAUGGAACAAAGUGCCUGUCGAGCAACAGCAAAUCAUCAAGCAGGGUAUGCUCAAUGCUCUCAUGCAAGAGCAACAAAAAUCCGUACGCAAAGCCAUUGCCCAGUUUGUUGGUGUUUUGGUGCGUCACGAAGCCAAAAAAGCCGAUUCAUGGAUGAGUGAGGUGCUAAAGUUUAUCUACAGUUAUUGCUCUUCGGCCGAUCCCAAACAAAGCGAACUCGGUUCAUCGACAUUUGCCAUUUUGGCUGAUGCGGCUCCGGAUCAAUUUUUGCAGCAUAUGGAAUCGGUUUGUGAAAUGUUUACAGCUGCAUUGGUGGCCACCGAAGCUACUGGCAACAUGGCUACGCCUGUGAUCUUUAAUAUUCUCACCGGCAUGACCUAUCUGGUGCCCUUCACUCUGGGUCAUAACACUGCCGAGCAAACUUUGCAGAAGUCCAUCCCAUUGAUUGUUAAAUCGCUACAAGCUUUCGCUGUACAGCCCGAUGUGGAUCAGUUCGUACAUGCUUUUGAUAUUCUUGAAAGUAUGGCUGAUCUUAAUGCUAAACUGUUGAACAAUCAUAUUAAGAUGUUGUUAGAGUUCUGCUUGGAAGCAGCAAAUAACACUCAACUUGAUAGCGCUGUGCGCAUUAAAGCUGUGGCUUAUGUUGGUUGGCUGGUGCGGCUUAAGAAAAAAUUAAUUAUCAAGCAGAAGUUGAUUGAACCCAUCAUACGUGUCGUUUUCAAUUUGAUGGCCACGGAGCCGGAAAAUGAAGAUGACGACGAAGAAUACUUCUUGGGUGAAGAUAACUCGAAUCCCAUGACUACUGCUACCCAAACAAUGGAUCUGCUUGCAUUGAGCGUACCACCAGAGAAAUUGAUUCCUCCAUUGUUGCAACUCUUGGAGCCCGCCUUACAGGGCCAGGAUCCAUUGCCACGUCGAGCUGCCUACUUGAGCAUGGCCGUUAUUGCCGAAGGUUGCUCAGAAGCUAUUUGCAAUAAAUAUCUCGAAACCAUGUUGAAUAUUGUUAAAGUGGGCAUUACUGAUCCAACGCCGCUCGUACGUAAUGCUGCUUUCUUCGCACUCGGUCAAUUUUCGGAACAUCUGCAGCCUGACAUUACCAAAUUUGCACCACAAAUUCUCCCGAUACUAUUUGAGUUUUUGCAUCAGUUGUGCAAUGAAUUGCGGAGUGGUGGUACUGAGCCCAAACACAUCGAUCGUAUGUUCUAUGCACUGGAGACGUUCUGUGAAAAUUUGGAAAAUGAAUUGGUGCCACAUUUGCCAGUACUGAUGGAAAUUUUGUUCGAAGCUUUGAACCCCAACAAUUCAGUGCGCGUGCGAGAAUUGGCUUUGAGCGCCAUUUCAGCUGCUGCCAACGCCACAAACGAGAAUAUGCUUCCCUACUUCCCACGUUUGAUCACCAUCUUGCAAUCCUAUCUGGCACCAACUGAAAAUGAAGACAUCAUAAGUUUGCGUCCCCAAGCCAUUGAUACUUUGGCCGCCUUGGCUCGUACCAUUGGCAAGCAAAACUUUAUGCCUUUAGCUACCGAUACCAUGACUUUCGCCUUGAAUUUGCUCGAAAAGGCUGAAGAUCCCGAUGUACGUCGUGCCCUUUACAAUCUUAUUGCAUCAUUGGCUGAAGUGGUGAACGAAGAAAUGGCGUCCGUAUUCCCGAAAGUAAUUGAACGUAUGUUCGACUCUAUACUCUCCACCGAGGAAGUAGUGCCCGAAUUCAAGGAUGACGAUGGCGUGCCAGCACCAGCUGAAGAGGCCGAUGAAAAUGAGGAUGAUAUUGAUAUUGAGAACUCCGACGACGAGGAUGAUUUGGAUAAUAUUGCGGGUUACAGUGUUGAAAAUUCCUAUUUGGACGAGAAAGAGGAGGCCAUAUUGGCGUUGAAGGAAUUCGCUGAACAUACCGGAGCCGCUUUCAUUCCGUACUUGGAGAAAUCAUAUCAAAAUGUAUACAAGAUGAUCGAUCAUCCACAGGAAGAUAUACGUAAAGUGUCAAUUGACGCGUUGUGCACAUUUGUUGUUGCGCUCUUCAAGCAACAAAACUUACAGGGUGUGUCCAGUGCCAUUACAAUCUUGUUACCAAAAUUGGGACAAAUCGUACAUGAUGAUGAAGAAGUAUCGGUUGUAUUGUCAGCGCUUGAAGGUUUGGCUGAUCUCUUGAAAGAGUUGAAGCAAGUGGCCUUGCCGAGCGUUGAGCUGCGCGAUGUUCUCUUCUUAUGCAUUACCGAUGUGUUGCAGGGCAAGGUAGCAUGCCAAUUCGAUGAAUCGACUGGCGAUGAUGAUGAGGAUGCCGAGGAGAGCGAAUAUGAUGAAGCGAUUGUUGAAGGUGCUGGCAAUAUGUUGCCGUUGUUGGGUGCAGCAAUGACUCCCGACCAAUUUAGACCAUAUUUCGAGCGCGCAUACCCGAUUAUUUUGCAGAAAUUGCAAAAGGCAAAGAAAAACGAAGACCUUGAAUCGCAGCGCGCUUUCGCUUACGGUGCUUUGGCAGAGUGUUUCGCGCCCUUACAAAACCACACUGGCACAUUCUUCAACACUUUCUGUCCAAUUAUGAUCGCUGGACUUUCAGAUGACUUUGAUCAAGCACGCCAAAACGCGGUAUAUGGCUUGGGUGAAUUAGUACUAUACUCUGAGGAUAAAUCAUACGAAGCUUAUCCUCACAUUUUAAAUGCCCUCUCUCAGGCCGUUGCCAAAGAAACAAAGCCAAGUUCUUUGGAUAAUAUUUGUGGCGCUAUUGCACGCUUGAUUAUCAUUAACAGUUCGUUGGUGCCGCUGGUUCAAGUGUUACCCGUUUUCAUGCAACACUUGCCGCUACGCGAAGAUUUCGAUGAAAAUGCUUCCAUCUUUAAAUGCUUGAAACAAUUGUAUCUGCAGGACCGUGAUGCUAUCGCAGGCUCAUUGGAACAAAUUAUAGCUAUUGCCAUACAUGUGCUCUACAAAAAAGAAUACACAGAGAAGGAAACAUACGACACAGCGUUGGGAUUGUUGCAAGAAAUUCGUGAAAAUUAUCCCGAUAAAUUCAGUGUAGUUGCAAAUUCGAAUCCGGAAAUUAUUGCCUUCUUGCAAACACUGUAAACUUACAUAUGUGAGCAGCAAUUGAAAAGCAACUGAAAUUUGAGUUCAUGUAUUUCAGCUAGUUUUAGAGUUUAUAUAUAUUUUUUUUUUAUGAAAAAAUUCACGAAAUGAAAAAAAGUAGUUUUCAACGGCACCCACCCCACUGACAAAUGCUAUAUGUGAAAUCUACCAUUUUAACCUAAUUGUUUAAUGCUAUUUUUCCCUUUUGGGGUGUAAAAAAAAGACUUAAGACUGUGCGCAUUUUUUUUCUCCACAACAAACAUGCAAAAACAAGCGAACUGCAAUAGUGCAGUUUGGAAAAAUUCUUAAUCAGGGACUGUAAUGCGAAAACGAGUAUGUAUUUAAUACUAUAAAUGAAAUAUAAAAAAAAAUAUAUAUAUAUUUGUUAUUU